CAGAUCACCUUCUACAUCAGCUACAUUCACAGCAGUCUUAAACCAAUUCCUGGAAGAUGCGAGCGUGGUAGUAAAUCUUGCGAAUAGACACAAUCAGCUCCGUCUAUCUUCCCUCGCCAGUAUCGCCCUCGCCGCCUCCUAUCAACUUCAUGUGAACGCAGGGAUGAUAUCGCGCUAGUCAAACGCAGCUCCAGUCAACAUAUUUCCUCCAACGUGUCUCUCGCAAAUCCUACCAUUGCGAUCGUCUCUCUAUAGCUUCGCCUAGUCUCUCAGUAUCAUCGACUCUAUGGUGCUCAAAAAAAGUCAUUGCGAUGAGCUGGCAUCGCCAAGCUAUGUCAAUCUUACACUGUCAAUACUCAUCUUACUUGGAAUUUUGAUCUCCUAUUUGCCGCAGCAUUAUCGUAUCAUAGCACGGCGUAGCUCGGAAGGAAUCUCUCCGUUUUUUGUUCUCCUCGGCACAACGUCUGGCACUUGUGGCUUUGCCAAUAUUCUCGUUCUACCAGCCAGUCGUGCCGAUCUUGCUUGCUGUAAAGAAGUCAGCGGAUUUGCUUGCUUUGCUGGUCUUCUGGGUAUUGCUCAAGUGGGUGUGCAAUGGCUUUGUUUCACCAUAAUACUUCUUCUUUUUCUACUCUUCUUCCCUCGAACGUCACCGUUGCGACCCAUCUCUAGCGAUCCUGCAUUACGAACCGCUCUCGGUGUUGUUGUCAUCUGCUUCAUUCACAUCCUCGUGACAUUCUUCAUCAGUACCUUUAUACUUUAUCUCCACCCAUCACUACUACAAACAUGGGCGAACGUUCUAGGCAUAUGCUCCACACUCCUCGCCUCGAUCCAAUACAUUCCGCAGCUCUGGAUGACAUGGCAUCUAAAGCACGUUGGUAGCCUCAGUAUCCCAAUGAUGUGUAUCCAGACUCCAGGAAGCUUCGUCUGGGCCGGUAGUCUGGCGGCUCGUCUUGGCGCACAAGGAUGGAGUACGUGGGUCGUCUAUUUUGUCACUGGAGCUCUACAAGGCUGUUUACUUGUAAUGGCAAUCAUCUUCGAAAUUCGGGACCGGCGAGAACGAAAGCGCAAGGCAUCUGCUGUUGGUGGAUUUGACGGUGGAGCAGGAGGCCACGAAACAGACGAUGAAGGCCACCACCAAGUCGAGGGCGAUGGUUCAAACGAGCAGACGCCGCUUUUGCGAUAGACUCCAAUCAGCCCGCGAGUCCCGCGAGAUUGAUUACUCUACACUGCGUCAACGAUUCUCGGCAUGCACUCACGUCCGCCACAUGUCGGCAUUCUUAGGAGAAGAUAACCCGCGAGGAUGCCGGUAUACAUUCUCAUUAACAGUGAUGGAAGGGAAGAGAAAUAAAAAAGAAAUUAUCAUUAUGGCGAAUUGGAAAUGGGCUGCGUUAGCGGUGUUGGAAAACCUGGCUAGACCAUGGCGUUGGGACUGAUGGCUGAAUUGUUUUCCCUUUUAGAUUAAGUUAGCGGUUUUGGAAUAAUUCUAGGCGCGAUCUCGUAAUAUGAAGAGAAUUCAUUUUUCUUCUAUUCAUCAACUAUUUUAUACACAACUACACAUGUGUCCAU